CCUUCUUAGACGUCGAAACUGCGAAUACAUCGUAUACGGAGCGAGGAAACCCUGUGAUCUUGACAUUUUUUUACCGCGAAAGAAAUAUACUACUCCAUAUCUCAAAAAUGGGGGUUUCUUUUGAAGACGUUCUUGAUGAACUGGGAUGGAAAGAUGGUUUUCGAAUUCCUGUUGCAAACGAAGAAAACAAACGUUUGGAAAUCGAAAUAGAAAAGAAGAAUAAGAAAAAAGCACGUUUAGUAUCUGAGCUCGAAAGAAGUGAAGAAAGGAUAAAAUCAAUCGAAAAACAUGCAACGAGUCUCGAAUAUCACCACGACCAUAAUCAAAAGCUCAUCACAGCUCAUGCAACUCAACUGGAAGCAGAGGAUCAUUUGGCAAGACUCAGUACGAGUGGAGACGCGGCUAUCGCACAGGAAAUACGAGAUCUCGAAAAAGAGAAAAAUGAAAUGAAAAGUAAAAACGCGUACCUCGAAAAAGAGCUCGCUAAAAUAGCCUGUAAAAUCGAAAAUUCGAAAAAGACUCUUGCAUUCGACAAGGAGAACCUUUUAAAACUGGAACACACUUUGAAUCGUGAAGAAGAAAAAAGUUACAAAAUCGAAUCGUUCAUUAAAAUCGACGCGAAACAAUUCAAGAAACUCCAAUUGGAACGCGAGAAAUUGACCACCGAACUGGAAUCUCAUAAGCUUGCCUUUAUUCGAGCUGUGAACGAAGUUACUGAAAUGGAGAUAAUGCUCGACAGGACAGCCAAGCUUUAUGUUGAGACUUUGAAGGAACAAUUUCAAUUGAUAAACUGUUGGAAACAGAGUGUUACUGUUCUUAAACAACGGGAUAAUGGAAUUCAGGAGACAUUGAGGGAGAUUGACACUCUUCGAGAAAUAGGCUGCGAUCGAAUGGAAGUGUACAGAGAGUCCGAGCAAUUUCUCGACAACCAGAUGAGCAGCAAUAAGCAAACGGAAGACUCGAUUCGUAAGCUGGAGAAAAAGCUUGUUCUCAUAAAGGAGGAACGGUGUAGAAUAACCCGAGAGGUUGAGGCUUAUCAACACGAGCUCGCGUCACAGAGAAAAACUCUUCGAGAUCUCGCGAGACGGAUUCGCCAAAUGCGUACCGAUGGGAAAAGUAAAAAGACUAUAAUAAGCGAAAAACGUCGAAAGGUUGAAGAAUUGAGACACGAGAUCGAAGAAAUUCAAGCCACUCUCGAUGUUGUUGGAAAUGAAAAAUUGAAUCACAACGACGGAGCGAUACAAAUGGAAGAAAUGAUCGAGAAGGAGGCAAAACGCAAAAAUCGCAUAGCCAAGGAAAUAACACGUUUGCAAAGCCUCAUUCUUCGUUCGACAACUCAAACGAAUGAUCUCGAGAGCGAGAAGAAAAUACUUGAUCUUCAAAAGCAAGGAGAAUUGAAGAAAGCUGAACUCCUUGCCGCUUAUAAAAUCCGCGAGGAAAAACGGCUCGACGAGAGGAAAAAAAUGAUUUAUAAUUUAGAUAUCGAUAUAGAAAAAUGUGAAAUGCGCCUCGAACGCGCGACCGGAACUGGGGGGGGCAUCGACAAAGCAGAAUUGGCAAAAAAACAAAGCACCAUCACCGAGCUUGAGAAACUUUACAACGAGAAAGUCCAAGUAAACAAAUUGUUGGAGGGACAAAUUGCUUGUUUGGAGCAAGACAUGAUAAAAGUAUCCAACGGUAUAACGAGCGACAAGGGUGAGCUUCAACGUUUGAGAAAUAAAAAACAAGACUUGAGCCUUUCGAUGGAAGGUGGUGAAAAGAAACUUAAAUUCAUGAUUUCUCAAAACGAGGAGAAACAAGUGGAAGAAAGUAUUUUAGGACUUCGCGUCUCUCAAGCUGAACGUCUCCUUGCCAGCAUCGGUGAUAAAGUUUACAAUCUCGAGAAGUACAGACUCCAGAUUGAAGCUGCAAUGAAAGAACGGAACGCAGAGAUAAAAGUUCACAAGGAGUCUCUGAUACUGGAGAAGCGUUUCGCGUUGAGCGAUUGCGGAGAAAUACGCGCUUUGAUAAUGGAGGGGAAAUCGAAAGUUCAUAAUUUGAAAAUUCGUUACGACACUUGCGUAGCAGCGAUGGGAAAAAAUACGGAAGCCGAUGGAACGACGGAAGUAACGACGACGUUGCUCAUUACUCGGAGGGCCCAAGAAAAAUAUAUGCUUCAAGAGCAAGGUGACAAAUUGGACGCGACGAUAAGAAGAACGGAGCAAGAAAUACGCAGCAUGGAAAAUACGCUUAGGGUGGUAAACGCUUGCAACGACAAGUACAAAGCGAGUCUUGGGCCCGUCGAGGAGGACGGAACGGAAGCGGCGGAGAGAAGAAAACUCGACGAAGAAUUGUACAACGUUGUGGAAACGAAGAGAGAAAGGAGAGAACAAUUCGAACGGGCGAGACAAGAUUUCGAAAAAAUGCGAAUUAAUUACGAAACCUCGUUCGAAGAUGUUCGACGCGCCAAGGAAGAAAAGGACAACAAGUUGUGGUGCGUCGCCAAUCUUGAACGACAAAUAACUGAACAAAGUGAAAGAAUUCUUCGGGCGGACAAAAGUUUGAAAAAAUUGUUCAAAGAUAUUCAACGGAUUUGCGAGUGUACCAAUGACGAAAUGAUUCUUCUUCAAGAGAAAGACAUUGCGACUCGCGAGCUCCACGAACAAAACCUCGCUUCGCUCCAGCGCAUUACCGAACUGACGAUUCGUCACCUUGAAAUUGAAGGUUAUUUGAAAAAACUGCUCAGCUCAAAAAACAUUGUCCUGCCGUGUGCGCAACACCUCAAGCCUACGCCGAGUCCGAGCAGAUGCGAAACUACGAGCGAAACAACCGAACGUACGAGAAGUCGUACAAGUUUGUUAUCGUCAUCGCGUGAAAGUGUCGGACGUAUACACAAUAUCGUCAAUAUCGAGGCCCAAUUUUCACCCAACGAUCCUCAAUCUACUCGUAAAUACGUCAGUCCUGCUCAGCAAUCUUCAAGAUCCACAGCGAGAAGCCAAGAAACUCACAGAAUCGUCACUAAACAUUUAUCGAAUGUCAGAGAUAACUCAAGUUUCGUGCAGCAAAUCUUUUGGAGGAUGGCAAAAAGUAUUUUCUCAUCAGAGCAAAGAACUCAAGUGCAAGAUGAAUUUUGGUAUAUUCUUGCCAGCCGAAGCGGAGGAACGAACUCUACCUGUCAUUUAUUGGCUGUCAGGGUUGGAGUGUACUGAAAUAAAUUUUGUACAAAAAGCUGGUGCGCAGAGAUACGCAGCUGAGAACAAAGUGAUCAUUGUCACCCCGGACACCAGCCCGAGAGGUCUGAAUCUCCCUGGAGAAGAUGAUAGUUGGGAUUUUGGAACAGGAGCCGGUUUUUAU